CACUGCGAUCAUCGAAGCAAAACGUCACGUGCGUGACAGGGUAAAGCGGUCAAAUUCCAAGUUGCCUGACAAUACAAAUCGGCUAGUCGAUGUUCAUGUAUGUCAUCGAUAUCUUUCUCUGAAUUCACAGGCUUAGAGGCUGUGGUUCAUUUUGCUGCAAGCCAGAAACCAUGGCAACAGGUGAUGUGAGCAACAACCAGAACCGGCCAAUCACCAAGGUGGAUGUGGUGGUGAUUGGCGCAGGGAUUUCUGGCCUGGCCACGGCCAAGUGUCUGAGAGAGGCCGGAUUCAAGGUCACAGUUCUGGAGAGGACAGGUGAAGUGGGCGGGUUGUGGACAUUCCGUGAGAACGACUACGGAGUGAUGCGGUUCACGCACAUAAAUGUUUCCAAGCACAACUACUGUUUCUCGGAUUUCCCCUUUCCGGAGCACGCACCUGACUACCCUCACCAUAGUGACAUGGCUCAGUACAUCCGGGAUUACACCAGCCAUUUCAAGAUCAGUGAACUCAUUCAGUUCCAAACCAAAGUUAUCGACCUAGAAAAGAAAGAUUCGGGCUGGCAGAUUACAGCUGUGAAAGUGGACGAAACAGGGGAACGUGUAACUCCAAAGGGAGAGGAGGAAAUCUACCAGGCUAAAUUUGUCGCUAUAGCAACAGGACAUCAUGCCAUACCUAGGUACCCUAAGUUCCCUGGAGAAAACACAUUCAAAGGGGAGAUAAUCCAUAGUGUCAAAUUCAAGGAUGCCAUUACUAACGGGAUGGUUGGUAAACGUGUCCUGGUGGUUGGGAUUGGGAACAGCGCAGUGGAUGCCGCAUGCAAUGCUGUGUCUGAGGGCAGGUGUAAAUCUGUGUAUAUCAGCACCAGGUCAGGGGCUUGGGUUGUCCCUAACUACGUGUUUGGAUGUCCCACAGAUCACUACGCUUGCCGAUUUUUUCUGGCAUUGCCCUGGAAACUGGGUUCAUUUAUUUUUGAAAGUAUCAUAAGAUUACUUAACGGAGACCCGAAAAAAUGGAAGUUAAACCCCAAAAUGAGAUUGCUGCAGACCCAGCCCACUGUCAGCCCCACCCUGAUACACCACAUACAGAGACACCAGAUAAGGGUUGUGCCCAAUAUCGUGAAAAUAGAUGGUCAGUCUGUUCAGUUUGUGGAUGGGCAGACAGCAGAAUUUGACCACAUCAUCUACUGUACAGGAUACAAGAUUUGUCUCCCCUACCUGAACGAAGAGCUCCACAAGACAGUGAUUGAUACAGAAACCAACCAGAUUAAGUUGUACAAAAACAUGUUUAGCCCAGCUAUUGGGUCAUCACUGGCGUUUAUCGGCUUUGUUCAGCCAGCGUCAGGUGGAGUGCUGACGAUGUCGGAGAUGCAGGCAAUGUGGUUUGCUGAGCUGUGCCGGGGUAAAGUCAGACUGCCCAAUCAGAUAACCAUGACUGAGGAUAUGAAAAAGGAAGAGGAGUGGUCAGCAGAGAGGUAUUACCAUUCUGCCCGCCACACCAUCCAGAAAGAUCCCAUUGUGUACAAUGACGACAUUGCUCAGAUGAUAGGGGCCAAGCCAGAAGUGUGGAAACACCCUGCCUUGGCUUUGAACUUGCUGUUUGGAUCCUGUGGGGCAGCACAGUGGAGGUUACAGGGUCCGUUCAAAUGGAGUCGAGCCGCCGAGGUGGUCAGAAAUGUACCAGUCACUCCCAUGAUGCACUACAUCAGCAUGCUGCUUGUGGUCUUCCUGCUCAUGGCUUUAUAUAUGAUGUUAAAAGUAGUGUGUAAAAUAUUUUGCUAGUAAGUGUAACAUAAAAGGUGUACUUAACCACAAACUCGUUGAAAACAGUGCUUGUCUUUGGUGCAUGUACACAAAGUUUUUUCAGGCCCCAGAAUCAUGAAGCUGUCUUAGACUUAACCUCAAAACUUUUUACUCCACUAUAACGUUGAAUUAUCAUAGAAAUUUUCAUUUCAUCUAUUAAAGAUAUCAUAGACUUGGAUAACAAAUUUUAAAAAUUAGCAUUUAAAUUCAAAUCUAAGUUCAGAAAUAAUUCUGCAAGUACAGACUGGCUGAGAAGCUCCAUGACCCUGGGGCUAGGGCAUUAAAGGAAAUAUAUUAACAUGGUAGAAAAUUCGAUCAAAGGUAAGAGUACCACAUGGAUUUAUUGGUGAAACUGUUAUUGCGGUUUUGCUGAGGUCAAUAAGUCAAAAUGUGUAAUUCAGGUGAUACGUGGCCAUGACAGUGUGAAAAUGUGACAGAAACAUGUGUGAAACAUCCUUUAAACAUCUGGAAAUUAAGAGAGAAUAACCAGAGCUGAAAAGUAGGGAACUAAAGUUUAGGUAUUUAAUAUUUGAAAUUUACUGCUGAUUUAAACGGUCAGAGUAUCCAAAGUAGAGGUCUACGGGUACAACUGCAGACAGCUUUCUACAGCUAUCCAAAGUAGAGGGCUACUGGGACAGCUUUCUACAGCUAUCCAAAGUAGAGGGCUAUGGGACAGCUGCAGAGAGCUUUCUACAGCUAUCCAAAGUAGAGGGCUACUGGGACAGCUGCAGACAGCUUUCUACAGCUAUCCAAAGUAGAGGGCUACUGGGACAGCUGCAGAGAGCUUUCUACAGCUAUCCAAAGUAGAGGGCUACGGGGACAGCUGCAGACAGCUUUCUACACCUAUCCAAAG